UUUGCCGUUGCAGGUGCCUACUUAAAAAUGAACUCUUGAGAGUUCGUCCUAGUUUUCUUUAUUCUAGUUCUUAUUUAAUACAGGUUCCCAAGUUUGAAGGAAUCAUCGACGAUGAACCGUCAUCGUCUUCUGUCGACACUCCUGGCAUUCGCAGUCGUCGGCCUCGGCGAGGGAGCAUCGAAGCGGGAUUCCCCUCUUCCCGUGGAAGACAAGGACUACUGGAUGAAGGAGAUGGCCGAGGACAUCCGGCGGACCCAGGCGAGGCAGCCGAACGUGAAGAGGGCCAAGAACGUCCUUCUCUUCCUCGGAGACGGGAUGGGACUUCCGGCCAUCGUCGCCACGAGGAUCUACAAGGGACAGCUUCAGGGUCGACCCGGCGAGGAAACCGUUCUUCGAUUCGAAGAAUUCCCUUCGACUGGGCUCGUCAAGGUCUGC